AUGUUGCCAGCGUUCGCCUUCGCCUCUGGACGGCAAAAGAAAAUGCAAGCUGCACUAGUGCUUAAUGCAUCUCGUAGGUUUAGAUACACCUUAGACUUGAAAAAGGAAGAAGCGACGAGGCAGACUCAAAGGCGGAUUAGAAGCCACGAGCAAUGCAUACGAGCUGCCUGGCUUUUCCACCAUGCUGGGGUACGAGCUGCCGAUCUUUUCCAACAAAAAUUUGGUAAAGUGUUGAAUCAUAUGUUCCAUUCAAUGGUUUCUUGUGCUGCAACUGCUUAUAAAAGCUCAAGAUUUCUUGUGCUACUUCCCAGCGCAGAUUUUCCUAUUGUACCAGAGCAUCUAGCUUUGAUGACUGUGGUUGAAGCUUAUGUCGGUGGAAGAAAAAUUGAUCCUCCAGACAGCAGUUCAGAGUUACCCGGUACAGUAACUUCAUUGCUUACCGAGGACAUUGCUGUGAAUGCGAAUGGAAGUGUCUUCACUCCAGAGGGAGGUGGAGAUGUAGAGGUCUCUGGAUCGCCAACAGAAAAAGCAAUUCUUAAUUGGGGAAUGAAGCUUGGUAUGGAUUUUGAUGUUGUUAGGUGUAGCUCGUCUAUUCUACAUGUAUUCCCCUUCAACACAAAGAAAAAAAGAGGCGGUGUUGCAAUAAGAUUGCCGGACUCUAAAGUUCGUAAUCACUGGAAAGGGGCUGCUGAAAUAGUGUUAGCUGCAUGCACUUGGUACAUUGACACUAAUGGUGAAACUGUAGCAGUGGACGAAGAAAAGGUGGCCCUUUUUGAAAAGGCAAUUGAAACUAUGUCUGCUGGUAGUAUACGUUGUGUAGCUAUUGCUUACAGAUUAUAUGAAAGUGAAAAUGUUCUAACUAAUGAAGAGGAGCUUGCUCGAUAG